CCUAGAAGCCUCUCUGAUCCACUGAACCUGAGCAGCCUGGAACUGAGUGUCAAACACCUAGCAAACUACAUGCUGAUGUACCACUCCACCUGUCUCAUUGGCAAUAGCUUGGAGAGUGACAAAGAGACAAACUCACCCACCUCCCCAGUGAAGAUGAGUAAAAGUCAUUCUCCAACUGAGACCAGUGACGUGGAGUCCCUCUCCUCUGGGGACACCUUCAGCCCAUUCAGCGACCGUUUUCACUCGUCCAGUGCGCAUUCUGCAGAGUCAAAUCCCAGCUCAGUUAUCACCAUGCAGCCAGUACCAACGUCGCGAAAGAAGAAGAAAAAGACCAGGAACAGGAAUAGGGGCGGGAACAACCAAGAAUCUGUGGGCGAAGGCCCCUCUGGCAAUGGAAACCAGACACACAUGCGCCAGACACCUCAUGUCAGACCCAAUGUGGACUCGUACAUUCAAGCCCAGGGCGAGAAGGACAACCAGCAGAUGAGAUCGCCAGAACCGCCUGACCCUGCUAUGUCUCAGAGCAAUUCGACUUCUGCAGACUGCGCUCCAUCCCAAAGUGAAUUUCAAAAAGGUGACGCAGACCUGCAGCCGGGCCCCGGCACUGUCGAAAAGCCUUCGAGUCUCAUGCUUAACCUGGGAGAAAAUUCUGGUAGCAGUGUUACUUCACUGCAUGACAAAGUGAUCUCGGGUGGAGAAGCUUUUCCUGUGCCAUCCUCUCAACAUCCUGGUGCCAACAAAGACAGUCGCAGACCCGCGAAUUCAGCAAAGAAAAGGCUGCCUCCCAUAGAAGAAGCCACAAGCGAAGCUACACAGGAUUCCCUGAGCACCGAUGCGUCUACUUCCACAGUGAGAAGCGAAAUCCUAUUAGCCAGAACGCUGGUUCGAGACGCCUCUCCAUCUAAGGCUGUAAGCACGAUAUUGACGGCCGACGAAAACGUCCCGGGCAAGCCGGGGUCAGAGAAGGACUUUUCAAGCGUUACUAACCUUGACAUUGAGCAGAGCUCGCUGCAGACCCCUUAUUUUGAAGACCACGAAUCACCUCAUUUCAGCAACAGUCACUCUCAUCCGUCGCCCCCGGCAGCCAGUGACGUUUCAACGCUCUCCACACCCGAGGCUCACGGAAACGUCUCCAGUCAGAGACCAGAAGCUUUCUUUUGGCAACUCAGUAGCCAUGGAUUUCCGUGCGCAAAACGCAGCUGCGACAAGCGAUGCAAUCUCUGGGACGGAAGGACUGUCAUCUGCCCUAAGUGUGGACCAUUUUCCGAAGUUCGUUAUUGCUGUAAAGAGCAUCUUCUCCAGGAUAUCAAAUGGCACUGGAUCUACUGCGGACAAAUGACCUUCACAAAGCCCUGUCGCGAGAACUCAGUUCCUCGAGACGUGCGAGAUGGCCCACCAUUGGUGCCCUGCCUUCAUCCCUAUGAUACCCCAGAGCGUCAUCGCCAGGCCGUGUACUUCAACGUCAAUAUUCGUGAAGGAGAUUAUUUCGUCUUCUCAGACUAUGCAGAUUGGGCGCAAGCAGGCUUUCCCGAAAACAAUCUCGAGAUGAGGUGUUCCCAUCGGGUCCUCUACACAAUCAAGUUCGAGGAUCGGGAGAAGAAGGAUAGAUUCCGACGCAUCCUCGCAUCAUGUCUUUUCAUGACUAUCGAAGUCCACGAACUGGUCGAUUACAUGUACCGACUAAUCAGGGACGAUCUGCGGUCUAAGGAGAUAUGGUCCCCCGAGGUCGAGAACAUGCUCAAGUAUCAGAUCCACUCUGAAUUCGCAAUCAACAUACUGCCAGAUAUCACCGGUGAGAGACACGCUUGCGAGACCGACUGGACCGGUAGCAAUCGUCGCCACUGCCCGGAUGCCGUCUGCCGCGGUGAAUAUCGUCGUCUUCUCGGUUCGGUUGGAGGAAAUGGUCAUCGCCAGACUGUCGAUCAUUUAGAAGAAUCUUUUUGGAUCUUGCGGGCUGCAAGAACGACUCAUCCUGAUGUGACGGACGUGCAUGCGCGCAUGAGAGGGGAGGGCUUCGAGGCCGUGGCGGAGGAAGAUAGAAGGGUAUUUCAGCGCGGAGAAGGAUGGGACGGUGCUGAAACUGGACCUAUGGAAAUCGAAGGCAUCAAUGCUUGA